CAGAGACCCUAAAACCAUUCCUUCCCUCUCCGCCAUGCCUUCUGAUCGAUGCGACCCCGCCUGUUCCGCCGUCGUCGUUUCCUCCCCGUCGAUUUUUUGCUGCGGCGUGGUCCGGGAGGUGGCGUAGUGGACGAUUGCCUGGAGCUGGGCCGGCGUGGAGGCGUACUCGGCGGCGGCGGCGGCGUGGAGGCAUACUCGGCGGCGGCGGGUUUCUCUGGAAAGAAAGAAGAGAAUCGAGAGAGAGUAGGGAGAGAGAUAGGUUAGCGGCGGCCGGCGGGUUUCUCUGGAAGAAAGGAAGAAGAAGAAUCGAGAAGUGAGAGGGGUUAGG